CGCUCACAGAACACCCCAACCCAGGACCAGUCUCGAUCUCCAGAUUCAGACUGAGCCGGCGAUGCAGUGCCAUGGAGGCGCGCAAGGGUUCACCGAGCUGCUUCUCAGCAUGGGUUAUCCUGGUGUAGAUUCGGGAUGGAUCGAAAGAGAAGAGGUAAUCCCGGCGGAAUUCCGCUUGUACACGGAAAUCUGGAGCGGUGAGUCAAACAGCUCUGGGAGCGGCAGUGGCGGCGGAGGCUCCGGCGAGCUAUAUGACGGGCUGGACGGAGGUUCCAGGGCAUCGACGGAAGACGGCGCUCCCAGCCGCACAGUUUCGCCGAGAUCCCCGGAGCCAUGGGGCAACAGGGGUUGUGAUUUUGUUCCAGAAGAGUUGGAGGGAGAUUUUCCAUCUGGUCUAUACACCGAAACAAACGCGUCAACACACACGGUGAUUAGCUCAUCUGAUGGGGAGGAUCUGAAUACACAUGAGGAUUAUUGUUCAGAGAGGCCACAGGACACUCAGACAUUUUUGUAAGAUAGGUUAUAACUGUAGUUUGGCAUUCAUUUCAACCUGAGCAUCUGAUGAAAACAACACGGAAUGAGGCCAGGCAGUUACAAGUUUGGUUUAGGUACCCUACAGGUUGCAUGGAGUACUGUUUGAUCGUCCAAAUGGUACUGGUAACAACCCGCAUGUAGUCCUUCAUGGUCAGGUGUAGAAAUGCAAAUUAGUAGGACAGGGGUGACUCUAUUAAACAGUGAGAUACACUUGGUAGGGGGAAUGUAUCAGUACCGUGCAUACGCGCUUGAGAAUCAUAUUGUUUCAGAAAGUACAGAUACUAUAUACACUGCUAGUCAUCGCCCUAAUGGAUCUCUCCAUUAAUUGUCACGGCAUAGAGAGAGUUUCCAUAGAAAUGAGCAGUGCACUGUAGUUAAGAUCAUGGUUUGGGGGUCCUAUACCCCCAGAGUACUAGAUCACCAUCUUACAGUUGUCUGGGGAUACAGUUUUCCGAUCUUUAAAGUGCAAAUUUCCCUUUUCAUACAGACGCAGGGCUGACUUAACAUGCUGUGUUAAUAUUUCUCAACAUAAUUCAAAUAGAGUUUAUCAGCAUGAAGUCUGCUGUUCACACCAGUUCCCUAGUGCUUUACAUAAGUUUGUUUCG